UUAUUUUUUUUUCUUGUUAGGCUUUGGCUCGUUUCCAGCAAGCAAACUUCUCUUCUGCAGCUGGCACUGUGCCACGGACCAAGCUUUUUAUCAAUGGAAAGUUUGUGGAUUCCCAGACCUCUGAUUGGAUCGAGAUCCACAAUCCGGCCACAAAUGAGGUGAUUGGACAGGUGCCACAAGCAACACAGAGUGAGAUGGAGGCGGCAGUCAGUGCAUGUCAGCAUACCUUCCCAGCCUGGUCCGAAUCAUCUAUUUUACACAGACAGCAGAUUUUUCUGCGUUACCAGCAGCUUAUAAAGGACAACCUGAAAGAAUUGGCGCAUCUGAUCACUCUGGAGCAGGGAAAGACAUUGGCUGAUGCAGAAGGAGAUGUUUUCCGGGGACUACAGGUAGUGGAGCAUGCAUGUAGUGUAACUUCUCUCAUGCUUGGUGAGACGCUUCCCUCCAUCACUAAAGACAUGGACACAUACACCUUUCGAUUGCCGCUGGGCGUCUGUGCUGGCAUUGCACCUUUUAACUUCCCUGCAAUGAUUCCACUGUGGAUGUUUCCCAUGGCCAUGGUCUGUGGAAACACAUACCUUAUGAAGCCAUCUGAGCGAGUUCCUGGGGCCACCAUGUUGCUUGCCCGCCUUCUGCAGGACGCAGGAGCUCCUGAUGGGACCCUGAACAUCAUACAUGGCCAGCAUGCAGCUGUAAACUUUAUCUGUGACCAUCCCGCUAUCAAAGCAAUCAGUUUUGUGGGCUCCAAUCAAGCUGGAGAAUACAUCUAUAACAGAGGGUCAAAGAAUGGCAAACGGGUUCAGUCCAACAUGGGCGCUAAGAACCAUGGAGUUGUGAUGCCGGAUGCCAACAAAGAAAACACAUUGAACCAGCUGGUCGGGGCAGCCUUUGGUGCAGCUGGACAGCGCUGCAUGGCACUUUCAACAGCUGUAUUGGUUGGGGAGGCAAGAAGCUGGCUUCCAGAGUUGGUGGAGAAGUCAAAGGCAUUGCGAGUUAAUGCAGGGGAUCAACCUGGGGCAGACCUGGGGCCUCUUAUCAGCCAAGCAGCUAAGGAGCGUGUCUGCAACCUGAUAGAGAGUGGAAUCAAGGAAGGGGCCCAUCUGUUGCUGGAUGGUCGAAGAGUCAAAGUGAAAGGCUAUGAGAAUGGCAACUUUGUUGGACCAACGAUUUUAGGAAAUGUGAAGCCUGAAAUGACCUGCUAUAAAGAGGAGAUAUUUGGUCCAGUUCUGGUUGUGUUGGAGGCAGAGACAUUGGAUGAAGCAAUUGAAAUUGUUAAUAACAAUCCCUAUGGAAAUGGAACUGCCAUAUUUACCACAAAUGGGGCAACUGCUCGUAAAUACACCCACUUGGUGGAUGUGGGGCAGGUUGGAGUAAAUGUGCCUAUCCCAGUACCACUUCCUAUGUUUUCAUUCACGGGAUCUCGUGCCUCAUUUCGGGGUGAUACCAACUUCUAUGGCAAACAGGGGAUUAAUUUCUAUACCCAGCUAAAAACAGUCACAUCCCAAUGGAAGGCGGAAGAUGCAACAUUAACAAGCCCAGCUGUGGUGAUGCCAACCAUGGGCCGCUGAGAAGCUACAACACUUUUGCUCUAAUUAUCCUCAUUAAAGACUCUAAACACUAA